AGCUGUUCGACAGUCUCCUUCUUGAUUUCGAUCUCUCUGCGUCCAAAGUAGGGUCACCAUGGCCGCUUACGACCCCAAUGACCCCGACAUGCAAUAUCUUGCGGUUGACCGCAAGAAGCUCAUGAAGGAGCAGGCCGAUUUGAAGUUUGACGCCAAAAAAGCUUGUUGGGCUCCUGAUGCCGAGGAAGGUUUCCGUUCUGCCGAAUUGCAGAGUACCAAAGGGGAAGAAGUCACUGUCACCAUCGUCGGUACUAACGAGACAAAGACUUUCAAGAAGGAUGACAUCCAGUCGAUGAACCCUCCCAAGUUCGAGAAGAUCGAGGACAUUGCUAACAUGACCUACCUGAACGAGGCCAGCGUUUUGUAUAACUUGAGAGCUAGAUACACCGCUGGCAUGAUCUAUACAUACUCUGGCCUCUUCUGUAUCGCCAUCAACCCCUACCGCCGUCUCCCCAUCUACACACCCGGUGUGGUUUCCAAGUACAGAGGCAAGAGAAGGACCGAGAUGCCUCCUCACUUGUUCUCCAUAUCUGACAACGCCUACCAGUUCAUGGUGCAAGAUCGCGAGAACCAGUCCAUGUUGAUCACUGGUGAAUCUGGGGCCGGAAAGACUGAGAACACCAAAAAGGUCAUUGCCUACUUCGCCCACGUCGCCGCUGCGACUAAACAAGAGGGCGAGAAGGACGAAAAGAAGGGGUCCCUCGAGGAUCAGAUCGUGCAGGCUAACCCUGUUCUUGAGGCCUACGGUAACGCCAAGACAUCCCGUAACAACAACUCCUCCAGAUUCGGUAAAUUCGUGCGUAUCCAUUUCGCUACAUCUGGCAAAAUUGCUGGUGCCGACAUUGAGACAUACCUGCUCGAGAAGUCCCGUGUGACAUUCCAACAAUCGGUUGAGAGAAACUACCAUAUCUUCUACCAGAUGUUGUCAGGAGCCGUGCCAAGUAUUAUAGAGAAGACUCUGGCUAGCACUGAUGCUGGUCUCUAUUCCUUCAUUAACCAGGGCGCCUUGACUGUCCAGGGAAUAGACGAUGUAGAGGAAAUGAAGAUGACAGAUGAAGCCUUUGAUGUUCUGGGAUUUACUCCUGAGGAGAAAACCAGCGCCUACAAACUCACUGGCUCUAUCCUCCAUAUGGGUGAAAUGAAGUUCAAGCAGAAGGGUGAGCAGGCUGAGCCAGAUGGAACUGCUGAAGCUGAGAAGGUAUCCUUCUUGCUGGGCGUCAACUGUGGCGACUUCGUUAAGUCUUUGUGUAAACCCAAGAUCAAGGUUGCUAUGGAUUACGUCACCCAAGGACGUACCAAAGCUCAGGUUGUCUAUUCGGUUGGUGCUCUGGCUAAGUCUCUGUAUGAUCGUGUCUUCAACUGGCUGGUCAAGAGAGUCAAUCACUCACUCGACACUAAAAAACCAAGGCAGUUCUUCAUUGGUGUUCUGGAUAUUGCUGGGUUUGAGAUCUUUGAGUUCAACAGCUUUGAGCAACUGUGCAUCAAUUACACCAACGAGCGCCUGCAGCAGUUCUUCAACCACCACAUGUUUGUGCUGGAACAGGAGGAAUAUAAGAAAGAAGGUAUCGCGUGGACAUUCAUCGACUUCGGCAUGGACCUGCAGGCCUGCAUUGAGCUGAUCGAGAAGCCCCUUGGUAUCCUGUCCAUCCUGGAAGAGGAGUGCAUGUUUCCAAAAGCAUCUGACAAAACCUUCAAGGACAAGCUUACUGAGAACCACAUGGGCAAAUCUCCAAACUUCCUCAAGCCCAACAAGUCUAUGAAGGGAGGUCAACAUGGCGACUUCGCCCUGAAGCACUAUGCUGGUACAGUUCCCUACAACAUCGGAGGCUGGCUCGAGAAGAACAAGGAUCCUAUCAACGAGACCAUUGUUGAACUCCUAAAACAAUCCAAGGAGCCACUUGUACAAGCACUUUUCACUCCACCAGAAGGAGAUGCUGCAGCGGCUGGAGGUGCAAAGAAAAAGAAGAAGAGCUCUGCCUUCCAGACUAUUUCCGCCACCCACAGGGAAUCUUUGAACAAACUGAUGAAGAACCUGUACACCACUCACCCCCACUUUGUGCGGUGUAUCAUCCCCAACGAAACCAAAACACCAGGCCUGAUUGAUGCUGCUCUCGUGCUUCACCAGCUCCAGUGUAACGGUGUACUUGAGGGUAUCCGCAUCUGUAGGAAGGGCUUCCCCAGCAGAGUCGUGUACUCUGAAUUCAAACAGAGAUACUCCAUCCUGGCCCCUAAUGCUAUCCCACAAGGCUUCGUUGAAGGCAAAGUUGUCUCUGGAAAGAUUCUUGAGGCUCUGCAGAUGAGUCAGGAUGAGUACCGUCUGGGCAACAGCAAGGUCUUUUUCAAAGCUGGAGUCCUAGGUUAUCUUGAGGAGCUUCGUGACGAGCGACUAUCCACCAUAGUGUCAUUGUUCCAAGCUCACAUUCGUGGAUAUCUGAUGAGAAAGUACAAGAAGAGUCUCCAUGACAAGAGAGCUUCAUUGGAAAUGAUCCAGAAGAACAUCCGUAAAUGGCUAGCCAUGAGGAACUGGCUCUGGUGGAGAUUCUACACUAAGGUCAAGCCUCUCCUCAGCAUUGCUGCCGCCGAGGAUGAAAUGAAGAAGAAGGAAGAAGAACUAGCGAAGACUAAAGAAGAGCUUGAUAAAGUAAGCUCGAGAUCAAAGCAGUUAGAGGAAGCGAACGUUACUUUGAUGGAAGCUAAGAAUGAUUUGUUCCUACAAGUCCAAACCCAACAGGACACCAUCGAUGAUAUUGAAGAAAGAGUCGAACAGCUGCUGAAGGACAAGACAGACUAUGCAUCACAGCUGAAGGAACUGGAGGACCGUCUCCUUGAUGAAGAAGAUGCAAAUGCCGAGGCCUCAGAGAAUAGAAAGAAAAUGGAUACUCAAAACAAAGAACUGAAGAAGGAUUUGGAGGAUAUGGAAGGAGCUCUCGCUAAGUCUGAACAAGAUAUAAAGACCAAGGAAAGUCAAAACAGAACACUCCAGGAUGAGAUGGCUAAGUUAGACGAAACCAUUGCCAAGCUUCAAAAGAAAGGAAAGGACGGCGAUGAAGACCUUUCAAGGACAGCUGCUGCUCUCCAGGCAGAAGAAGAUAAGGUCAACCAUCUUAACAAACUUAAACAAAAAUUGGAAGGCUCCCUCGAUGAGAUGGAGGACAGUCUUCAGCGUGAGAAGAAGAUGAGAGGUGAUGUUGAGAAGGCAAAGAGGAAGAUGGAACAAGAUCUUAAGAUGACACAAGAAACGGUCGAAGAACUUGAACGUGCUAAGCGGGAACUUGAGGAUGCUCUUAAGAAGAAAGAAAAGGAUGCUGGUGGUCUCAACACACAGCUGGAGGACGAACAAAACCGUGUUGCCCAGCUUCAGAGAAAAAUCAAAGAGCUCCAGGCUCGCAUUGAGGAACUUGAGGAAGAACUUGAAGCCGAGAGACAAUCCAGAAGCAAGGUUGAAAAGCAAAGAUCCGAACUGGCUCGUGAGCUGGAUGAGAUGCAAGACAGAGUAGAGGAGGCUGGUGGUGCCACAGCUGCUCAGGUUGACUUGAAUAGAAAGAGAGAACAAGAAGUUCAGAAACUCCGACGGGAACUUGAAGAAGCCACACUCCAAGGAGAAUCUCAGGUCUCUUCACUCCGCAAGAAGCAACAAGAGGCCGUCAAUGAACUCAGCGAUCAAGUUGACCAACUCCAGAAGGUCAAGAACAAAAUUGAAAAGGAAAAGCAACAGAUGAGAGGUGAAAUCGAAGAUCUUCAAGCUCAGGUUGAGUACGUCAAGAAGAACGCUGGUCCAUCAGCAAAACAGCAAAAGCAGUUCGAGACCCAACUGGCUGAGUUGAAUGCCAAGGUGGACGAAGGUGCUCGCGAAAUCAGCGACCUUCAGGCUCAGAAGAGCCGCCUUAGUUCUGAGAGCUCUGAUGUGACCCGCCAGCUGGAAGAAGCAGAGCACAAUGUCAGCCAGUUGUCCAAGGAGAAGUCUAAUCUGAACAAUCAGUUGGAGGAAGCCAAGAGAACUAUUGAGGAUGAAUCCAGGGCCCGCCAGAAGUUGCAGUCCGAGGUGCGUAACCUUACUGCUGACAUUGACGCCCUUCGGGAACAGUUUGACGAGGAACAGGAGAGAAGUGCAACUGCUCAACGUCAAGCGUCUAAGGCUGUUGCCGAGGCUCAGCAAUGGAAGUCCAAAUUUGAGACCGAAGGCACAGCCAGAGCUGAUGAACUUGAGGAGGCUAAACGCCGUCUCCAGUCUAGGCUCAAUGAAGCAGAGCAGAACAUGGAAGCUGCCCAGGGCAAAGUGAACGCCCUUGAGAAGGCUAAGAACAGACUACAAGGAGAGCUCGAGGAUGUCAUGGUGGACUGUGAGAGGGCUAACUCUGCCGCCAACAAUAUGGAAAAGAAACAGCGUAACUUCGACAGGACUAUUUCUGAAUGGGAGACCAAGGUGACAGGUCUCCAGGCCGAUCUGGAGGCUUCCCAGAAAGAGACCCGCGGUUAUUCAGCUGAUGUCUUCCGUUACCGAGCUCAGGUGGAUGAAUCUGAAUCUACUAUUGAUUCUCUCAGGAGAGAGAACAAGAACCUCUCAGAAGAGAUCCGUGAACUCUCUGAUCAGCUUUCUGACGGUGGCCGCAGCAUUCACGAAAGCGAAAAGGCCCGUAAACGUAUUCAAAUGGAGAAAGAUGAACUCCAGAACGCUCUUGAAGAGGCCAUGUCGACUCUAGAACAGGAGGAGGCUAAGGUUGGACGUGUCAACAUUGAACUGGCUCAGGUCCGUGCUGACGUCGAUAGGCGUCUUGCUGAGAAGGAAGAUGACUUUGAGAACACUCGUCGCAACCACCAGAAGGCUCUUGAGUCUCUCCAAGCCAGCAUUGAUGCUGAGGCAAAGGGCAAGGCUGAGGCCAUGAGAAUCAGGAAGAAGUUGGAAGCAGACAUCAACGAGCUCGAGGUUGCAGUUGAUAAUGCAAACCGUACCCGCGCUGACGCCGAGAAGAACGCCAAGAAAUGGCAGGGUCUCAUCAAGGAAAUGGAAACAAAGGUUGAAGAGGAGCGUAGAGCCCGCGAGGAAGCCCGUGAAUCUCUACUUGCCAUGGAACGUCGAUGCAACAACUUCAAAGUUGAGGCCGAAGAGCUUGAGUCCAGUCUGGAAAACUCUGAUAGAGGCCGCAAGAACGCCGAAGCUGAGUUGACAGAGGCUCUUGACAGAGUCAAUGAGCUGACAGCUACAAGUUCAUCGCUCCAAGGCCAGAAGAGGAAGCUGGAUAGUGACAUUUCUGCGAUGCAGGCCGACCUUGAGGACAUGAGUGGCCAAGUGAGAGCAGCUGAGGAGAACGUGAGACGCGCACAGGCCGAUGUACAACGCAUGACCGAUGAGUCGCGCGCCGAGCAGGAACACAGCAAACAGUUGGACAAACUGAAGCGAGGAUUGGAGGCCCAAGUCAAGGAACUUCAGAUCAGAGCGGAAGAGGCAGAGGCUGCCGGACUCAAGGGAGGCAAGAGGGCAGUUGCUAAACUUGAACAGAGAGUUCGUGAGCUCGAGACAGAGUUGGAUAGCGAGCAGCGCCGUCAUGCUGAUACUCAGAAGAGCUCGCGUGCUGUUGAGCGUCGUUUGAAGGAGGUCUCCCUCCAGGCCGAGGAGGAGAAGAAGGGCCAGGAGAGACUCCAGAGCACCAUCGACGCCCUCAACGCCAAAGUCAGAACAUACAGAACUCAGAUUGACGAGGCUGAGGAGCUUGCUGCCAUGAACCUUGCCAAGUACCGCAAGGUCGUCACCGAAUUUGAGGACGCGGAGGAAAGAGCUGAAUCUGCUGAGAACGCUCUGUCAAAACUCAGAGUAAAGAACCGCAGUUCUGUCUCCAUGGCUCGUUAAACCCUCACUGGGCAUGUCACCCUUACCUCGGCAUUAAUUGUUAUGGGUUACUUCUGGUGGGCACUUCCUAACAAAGAGCCUACACCUAUGUGUAUCUCAAUUUAUUGUAUAUCGGAAAUAUCGGAACAGAAUGGACUUCGAUGAAACGGUUAAUCUGUUAUGACUCGGAGAACACUCUGUUAAGUCAGCUCGAUCAAGACUUUAAUGUUCAGAUUCAAUGACAUGAUAUUCUGUGUUGUGUCUGGAUGCCUGAAAUCUUGAAGCAUAGUUCUGUACUUGAAAUAAAAUGUAUGCGAUGA